AUCAGGGUUUUGAAUUUGAAAUUCAACUGUUCAAGAAAUGGGAAGCUCCGAAAUCAGAAGAGAUUCGCAGAACAAAUUGAGGAAUGAUUUGAAGUUAUAGACUUUACAUUUGGUGAUUUUGAAACAGGGAGAGAUCAGAGGGCAUAAACAAAAAUGAAAUUCAAGGAUUUCAAGAAGCACAAGAAAAGUGAUAAGAAGAAGAACGUGGUCUUGGUUGGGAUUAAAAUUGAUGGCCAAAGCAGAGAGCUUCUCGGAUGGGCUCUGGCGGAAGCUGCUGAAGCCGGAGACUGCGUUAUUGCAGUUCAUGUCUGUCGAAGUUCUGAUCAGUCUGUGAAGGAAAAGCCAAUAGUGGAUAGUUAUGUAGAAGCUUAUGAAGGGUUAUGUAAUAUAAAAAAGGUACACCUCACCAGUCAGGUAUUGACAGGAAGCUCAAUCCGAAAGGCGCUAGUGAAAGAGGCAAAGAACCAUGAAACUAUGGCUGUAGUUGUAGGCACAGGCAAUUCAAGCACUGAAGGGGGUAAGGAUUCUACGGCAAAAUACUGUGCUAAAAAAUUGCCUCCAGGCACAGAUGUUGUGGCAAUUAACAAGGGAGAAGUUGUAUACAGAAGAAGUACAAGUUAUGAACAAUCAGGUCUAGCAGUUGAUGAGUCAAGGCCAAGUAUGAGUCAGAUUUAUAAUUCUCUUCCUAGAAUAAAAAGCCAAUCUGAAUUUGGUGACUCUGAGGCGGAAACAGAAACUGAUAAAUCAUUUUCUGACAAGGCUCAGAGCUCCCAAGCUAGUUCCAUGUGUGGCAAUGAAGACCUGAAGAAAGAAAAUAAGAGAGCUCAUAAUAGAUCAGCUUCUUCACUCAGUAUAGGAGAGUCUGCAGAGAAGUGCCUCGGAUGGCCUUUGCGUAGAGCAAGUUCUAUGAGUACACAAAUUCCGGGCACAAGGAACAUUUCUGUGGUACAAUGGGUGAUGAGCUUACCAGAUCGUUCUCCACAGCAGUCUCCUCGAUUUUCAAUCAUUAGAGAAACUUCCUUUGAAGGAGGUAUCGAGAGUACUUCUGCUUUGGAUGAGCUACCGAAUGAGUUGAAGAGUCUACUGGAAACAAAUCGUUGCAGAUGGUUCAGUCAUGAGGUUCUGAAAACUGCAACCACAAAUUUUUCCUCAGAAAAUCUUAUUGGGAAAGGAGGAUGCAACCUUGUAUUCAAGGGAAUUCUACCAGAUGGCAAGAAAGUGGCAGUAAAGCUUAUGAAGUCAUCCAAAGCAAAAAUGAAGGAUUUUACUCAUGAAGUUGAUAUCAUCUCCUCGUUGACGCACGAGUACAUCAUGCCUCUGCUUGGAUUCUGCUCUGAAGAGAAUAUUCUGAUAUCUAUUUAUGAUUUUUCGCCUAAAGGAAGCUUAGAGGAGAAUUUACAUGUUAAUGCAGGCAAGAAUAAAGGCAAACCUGUAUUGUCAUGGGAAGUGAGAUUCAAAGCUGCUCUUGGGAUUGCUGAAGCUCUAAAUUACCUGCACAACGAAUGUUCUCCGCCAGUUAUUCAUAGAGAUGUUAAGUCUUCAAACAUUCUUCUCAUGCCAGAGUUAGAACCACGGUUAUCUGAUUUCGGCCUUGCAAUAUGGGGACCGACAACUACGUCUUCCCUGACUGAAUGCACUGUAGAGGGAACAUUUGGUUAUCUUGCUCCUGAAUAUUUCAUGUAUGGAAAAAUCAGUGACAAGAUUGAUGUCUAUGCCUUUGGUGUAGUCCUGCUUGAACUAUUAUCAGGAAGAAAACCUAUUGGCUCUGACACUGACAAACAGCAAGAGAGCUUGGUCAUGUGGGCAAAGCCUAAACUGGAGAACGGAGAUAUACAUGACAUACUGGAUCCAAACUUCGAUGGAAAGUUGGAUGAGAUUCAGGUACUGAGAAUGGUUUAUGCAGCAAAACUGUGCAUCAUACGCUCAGCUAGGCUUCGCCCUAAAAUGAGUCAGAUAGUGAAUCUCCUAAAAGGGGAUCAAGAUGUGGAAAUGUAUGUGAACCCUCCAUAUUUUGAUGUUGAGGAUACAGAAAACCGAGAUGACAAUGAUGAUGAAGUUUAUCCAAAUUCAAGUGCAGAGUUACAUUUAAACCUUGCGCUGCUUGAUGUUGACGAUAAUACAACAUCAUUCAGUAGUGUGGAGCACAGCACCCGUUCUUGGGAAGAAUAUUUGGAAGGGAGAUGGAGCAGAUCAUCAAGCUUUGAUUAGCUUUUCUUGUACACUCUUGAUAUUUUCUUCUCGUCUUGUUUUGUAUGUUGUGUUCACUUACUCGCGCGGACAUGAACUUAGCAAAUCUGUACAGUAUAGGGAAAAGGAAUGCCUCUCUAAGAGUGAGGUGAUUUGUAGACAUAAACAUGUGCAGAUGAAAAAUAAAUAUAUAUAGAAGAUUAAAUUUUUGACUUGGCGU